UCCAAGCCACUCCAAGCCGCGCCGCCGCCGCGGCACUCGAUCCGAUCGCGGCCGAGUGGGGCCGAGCUACUGCUGCGGAGCUGAUCCUGAUCACCACCACCGCCCAGGCCGGCCAGGCCGGAGAGAAGAGAAGGGUGCGGUUCGCCGCCAACAGCCCCGCGGUGCUCCGACAUUCACUUUGCUCGGGGCACAGGCAGACCCAGUGACCCUAGCAGUCUAGGAGAAGACCUCAACGCCCUCGUUGCCCUCUGCGGGUCGAGCGCACACACACCCGCGCUGUCCGCGGCAUCGCGCCACCUCCAGCCACCCCAGCGCGCCGCUGCCCUCUGGCCUGCCCUCCUGUCCCACCUGUUGUGACGGCGAUCGGGGCGGCGCUGACGGCGAACAGCAGCCAGAUCGCAGUUGGCCGCGCAGGGGGGAAGAGCAGAUCUUCGCGAGCAGCCUCGGACUUCCAGGACCCGGCAGCCGCCCUACCUGACAGACCAGAGGCGUGCCCAUAAGGCCUCGGCGUGAGGCUGCGACGCAGCACUCUCCGCAGGUACUAACCGUGCCGACGCCAGGUGAACCGAGCCGCCUGCCGCCGGGGUGCAGGUGGGCUCGCCUUCCACGCGCCGUAGACCACUGUCCCCGUGCGUGCAAGUGGGUGAUUCUCCCGCAUUCCUGCCCAGGUUGGUCGCCCAGCCCCGUUUGAACAGAUCCAUUCGGGCCACUUGCGGGAGCUCAGCGCCUGCGAGAUUCGGGGUAGGCCACUCCGCAGUACACGCGUGAAACGCAGGCAAGAUAUUGCCUACCGACAAGGCGCUAUGACAGCCUGCAGCGGCUCAACUUGACAGCGCCGCGGGUUCCGAUGUGGGUGGCCAUCAAGGACAUCAUGGUGUUCGCAUGGCUGCCGUUCGUCACCCUAUCCCUGUGGAUUGUCGAGACCGACAGUAAGAAAAACUAUUCGAUUCGCCCAGAGGUUGUCCUUCCCGAUCACUACGUGAAAGAGAUCCAGCCUCCUGCCACCACAGGGCAGCCCGUACAUUUAUUCUUCGAUAUACAUAUCGUUGACAUCAACUCCAUCAACGUCGAAGACAUGGAUUUCCGCGUGGACAUGUUCGUGCGGCAGCAGUGGACGGAGCCCCGUCUCCACAUGCCGGACGCCAUUUUCGAGGACGGCGAAGACUACGUGACCUUACCCCCCGAGUUCUUCGACAAGCUGUGGCAGCCGGACCCAUACAUCAUCAACUCAAAAGUGUCGGAGAUCGCCAUGCUCACGCACCAGUUCUCCUCCGUGACGCUGUACCGCAACAGGACGGUGCGCUACUCGGCGCGCAUGCACGCCAUCGUGGCCUGCCAGAUGGAGUUCCAGCUCUACCCGAUGGACAUCCAGCUGUGCCCCGUGUACAUCGAGAGCUGGCGCCGGGCGGGUAGGCAACGCGCCCGCAGUGCUCCUCACCGGGCGGCCUACCCUAAGUUGGUCGGGCGCUCCCUUCGAGUCGCAGAGUCGCAGCGCAGCGGUCAUGGUGUCAUGUUGGGUGUUGGGUCUGAUAUGGCCAUUAGCGACUGGCAAAUCUCCUACAACGACCACAAGCUGCGGUUGCGAUGGGGUGAGGACGGCGUCUCGGUCAACCCCGCUCUCAAGCUGCUGCAGUACAACGUGGGCACACCCCUGGAGCUCAGGGAGAUGAGCGGCUACCGCAUGGAAAAGGACGGCAACUUUUCCCGCCUGAUCGCCUACUUCCGGUUUGAGCGGCAGAUCGGCCACCACCUGAUCCAGACGUUUGCGCCCUCGUCCCUCGUCGUGCUCCUCAGCUGGUGCGGCUUCUGGCUCGGCCUCGACGCCAUCCCGGGGAGGGUCACCCUCCUGGUCACGUGCAUGCUCACGCUCGUCACCAUGUUCACCGGGCUCAAGGACAUACCCCCCGUGGCGUACGUCAAGGCGCUGGACGUAUGGAUGGCGGCGUGCAUGCUGUUCGUGUUCGCCGCGCUCGUCGAGUUCGUCGUCGUCAAGGUGCUGGACGUCCAGCACCAGCGGGAGCAGCGCGAGCACAGAGGCUCGCACCCCCUGUGCAUCUCAGCCGCGGAGAAUGGCGAUCCGUACUCACAGGCGUGGGAGAUCACGGGCUCCGGCAGCAUCUCCGGGGUGGGCGCCCGGUGGCGCAAGGUGGCCGUCAGCUGCCCCGGCUCGGCCCCGGGCUCCCCGGGCUCCGGCUCGCCCGACAGCCCGCCGCACGUCUUGCUGCUGCCGCCCCCGCGACCCGCCCCCACUGGCGGCAACGCCGUUCCCGUCUGGAUCGACAGGUUCGCGGGAGGCGGCCUGGGGCCCGAGCAGACACAGCUGUGGAGGCGGAUAGACCGCAUGUCGCGCCUGAUCUUCCCCGCACUCUUCAUCAUGUUCAUCAUGUGUUACUGGCCAAUACUCCUGCUCAAGGCUUACGGCAAGUGAGAGCACUGCACGUGACUUAAAAAUUUCAUUCAAGCUUUAGUUGGCAGGGCGAGCACUAGCAGGACACUAUAUCUCCCGCAAGGUGAGAAGUGUUGCAGACCAACCAUCUUAGAGACAUGCAGUUUCUUAUAUUUUUGAAUGACAAAUUGAGCAGUGAGAAUAUGUAAGCCGCUCUCUAAACUGAUUUGUCGAUCUCUUCCACAAAACUGCAAAACUGGUUACUUUUGAAAAUAAUGUUAGCUUUUAGAUGAAUUUUUUUUUUUUUUGAAAACAGGGUGAAGGUUUCAGACAGAAUGACAAGCAAUGAUAAAGCAACCUUCUGUCAUAAUUAUUGUAUAAUUACGAUAUAAACAAGAUUUUCCUUAUCCCAUUAACAUCAGUUCUUCAUCACUUAUAUCACUAGAUUCGUUAUCUUCCUCUCCCUCGGAAUUGACUUGUACAGCAGAACUGCUAUUUUUUCUGAGUUCCCCUAACUUUUGAAGGUAACGUAGUGUGUACUUGUUGAAAUCGCAACUAAAAAAUUAAAAUUGUCAAAUUAUUAGAACAACGGCAGAGAUUGAAUCAACAUAGGAGUAUAAGAAUAUAUAGGACUUACAUUUUUCCUAGUUCGUCAUGUUUGCGUGUUAGAGCUUUCUGCAAUGUUAAUAACACAGGCAGAAGUUGUGUGUAUGUUGUGGAACCUCUAUCACGAAGUAGUCCAGGGCUUAGAGAGUUAAGGAGGAAAGUUGACCACUGAAGAUAAAAGUCAAUAUGUCGGGUAGAUUCUAGAGACCCUGCCACAAAUCUCAAUGCCCGAACUUGGUAGGUGGGAGGCAUUGAAGAUACUGUUAAUUCCACUGAAAAAAGACAAAAAUUGGGGAUUGUUUACAUGACAGAGAAAUAUUUUCCUGUGAAAUAUUGUUAUAUGAAUGCCAAAUUAGUUCCUAUCUUACCACUUUCAGGGGGAACUGACUCCACUACUUCUUGAAUGAGAUCUUGUUCAUUCAUUUUUACUGCCAUCAUUAAAGCUAAAAAUGGAAUGUUAAAAAAGUAAAUGUAAUAAACAAUUAAAAGCUAAAAGAAUUAAUA